GCUGUAGGGCGGGUCUGUCGUCAUAGCGAAGACUUUGGGUUGGUAGUCCUCGCAGAUGCAAGGUUUGAGCAGCCUCUGCUGCAGCGCAGUCUGUCGGGGUGGAUUCGAGAUUCGCUGUCUGCUGCGAUGGAGUUGAAUGCAGCAGCAGCAGCAGCAGCAGCAUUUUUUGCUGCUGUGCCGCAGCACCUGCAGCAGACGGCCAGCAGCAAAGCAGCUAAAGAGACGGGGGCCCCUCUACCUUCACUUGCUUUUGAUUGGUGUGCUGUAGAGCGCUUGAGUAGAGCAGCAUCUCUGCUUGACCGCAGCAGGUUUGCUGCUGCUGCUGCUGCUGCUGCUGCUGCUGCUGCUGCUCCUGCUGCUGCAGCUUCCGCCGAAGACGUGAAGCAGCAGCAGCUGCUGAAGGGCUUACACGCUAAAGCCGCAUGCUCGCAGCAGCAGCAAACAUCAGCACAAGACAGCAGCACCGCAGCAGAGUCGCAUACUGCUGCUGCUGCUGCUAUUGCUGCUGCUGCUGAAAGGAGGCGUUUGCUGCUGCAGCAGCAAGGCUCGCGGCCCCUUAAAAGGAGGGCAGCAGCAGCAAGCAGCAAACGGCCUGCUGCUGUCUCUCUCGUUGACUGGACAAAUGCUGCAGUGGGGUUUGCUGCUGACUCCAAACAAGCAGCAGCAUCAGCAGCAGCAGCAGCACCAACAGCAGCAGGAGCUGCAGCAGCAGAAGAGCAGCAGCGGCACACAGCACCGCAAGAGAAAAGCAAAGGCUUUGGAGCAACUGAAUGCGACGGCUCCACACACAGCAGCAGCAGCAGCAACAACAACAACAACAACAGCAGCAGCAGCAGCAACAGCAGCAGCAGCAGCGAAGCAAGCAAGGAGUUAGCCCGCGACACCGGAAGGCAGCUGCUGCGGCGUCUGAAGGAAGAACUGCAGCAAAACUUUGCUGCCUUUUGCAUUUUGCUGAAACAACUCUCCGCUGUCAGCACUCAGCAGCAGCAGCAGCAGCAGCAGCAGGAGACCCGCAACACCAAAAGUAGAAGCAGCAGCAGCAGCAAUUUCCGAAGGGCAGAAGCAGCACGACAAUACGCCGCUAUCGUUGACGCCAUGUGCACUGCUUUGCUGCAGCCUCAGCAGCAGCAGCAGCAGCAGCAGCAGGAGCAGCAGCAGGAGCAGCAGCAGGACUGGGAAGCGCUGCUUGAUUUGCUGCAGCGGCGCACUGCUGUUCUUCGUUUUAUAAUUAACACAUAUGUGGGGCCCCCUUUUGCUGCUGCUCUCCUCGAGCACGUAGCAGACAGAGGAGACGCAAUACUCAGACAAGCAGCAACCAAACAGCAGCAGCAGCAGGAGCAGCAGCAGGAGCAGCAGGAGCAGCAGCAGGGGUCAGCAGCAGCUACGCAAGCAGCAGUCGUUGCUGCUCCUUCAACAGAGUCGGCAGGUGAAAAAAAAGAGGAAGCCGAUGCUUCGGCUUCUCUGCAGCAGCAGCAGCAGCAGCAACCGGAACAGCAACAGCAGCAGCGGGAGCAACAACAGCAGCAGCAGCAGCAGCAGCAGAUGUCUGAGUGUUUAAUUUGCACUGCCGAAAAACGACUGCUCCGCUCCGUUGUCUGCGGCCAUGAGGCCUGCGAGGAUUGUUGGGGGCGGCAGUUGGCUUUGGUCCUCGAAUGCCCUAUCUGCAGAAAAAGAGUAAGACACAAAUUCUUGCAGCCCCAGCAGCAGCAAGAGCAGCAGCAGCAGCAGCAGCAGCAAGAGCUGUAG